AGAUGAUUUGAUUUAAUACAGUGAGUCGCAGGCUUUGUCACUGUAUCACUAAAUAUUGAGCAGGAGCCGCAGGUAGAGGCGCGAGUUGGUUUGUGGGCAGCAGGGGGCGCUGGAAGCCGUGAGUGAGUGAGUGAGUGAGUCUGACUAAGUCACAGGUUAUUAAGACAAUGUUCAGAAAGCAGCGGGUGUGAGGGGGGGGGGGGAGUUCCCAAAGUCAUGAAACCCCCUCCAAGUCUCUCAUUCCCCAGCACAGUGCACUGAUAAAAUGGAUCUAAGGAAGGCUGCGGCUCUGUGGCUGUUUAGCGCCUGUCUCUGCGCUGCUCAGGCUGCUGCUAGUGGGCUGCUCUCCUCCCACAGGCUCAGUCUCACAGCGGCUGCCAGAAGGGCUCUUGUUUCUCUACACGGACACCCCAAGAAGCAGUCGCUGAUCAGCAAGGAAGCCCCGGGCAAGGGCUCUGUGGUGCCCCAUGAAUACAUGUUGUCUCUGUACAAAAGCCUCUCCAGCGCCGAGCAGCAGGACUCCAGGAGCAGCGCCAGGAACAGGAGCUCUAGCAACACCAUCAGCAGCUUCGUGGACCUCGGACACGAUGACCUCCCUCCCCAGCCUCCAGAGCAGAAGUUCAUGUUUGAUACCAGGAGUUUGCCUGAGAGAGAUGAAAUAGUAGGAGCUGAACUUCGCAUCCUGCGGAGAUUUCCAGAGGACACAAGUUCCAUAUCAGAAUCGGGGAGUCUGGUCCAUCUCAAUCUCUACACCUGUCCCACUGCUUGGCAAGAGCCCAAGCUUAUAGAUUCCAGAUCUGCAGACCUCCUUGAUACAGUGUUUUCCAAGUGGGAAGUAUUUAAUGUCUGGAAGGCUGUGGGAAACAGAAGACACUCAGGGGAAACGUUGUGUUUUAUGCUGAAGAUUGUAUCAGAUAUCAAAGCCUCAGCCUUCCAACCAGUGCAAAUGGGAUUUAGCCGGGAGGGGCAACAGCCUCAUGAAAAAGCUUUACUGGUGGUGUCUUCCCAUUCCAAGAGGAGGGAGAACUUGUUUAAGGAGAUCAGAGACAAGAUUAAGUCGAUGGGAAAUCCUAAAUUCCUGGAGCCACCGGAUUCAGGUCAACAGUCCAUCGCCAAGAGGAGAAGGAAAAGAACAACUCUCCCCACUAGGACAAAUAAUGGCAAAGGCCACGGGAAGAAAUCCAAAACGAGGUGCAGCAAGAAGCCUCUUCAUGUCAAUUUCAAGGAGUUGGGUUGGGAUGACUGGAUUAUAGCGCCCUUGGAUUAUGAAGCUUAUCACUGCGAGGGGGUCUGUGAUUUCCCGCUGAGAUCUCACCUGGAACCCACCAACCAUGCCAUUAUACAGACAUUAAUGAACUCCAUGGACCCCGAGUCCACCCCACCCAGCUGCUGUGUUCCUUCAAAACUAAGCCCCAUCAGUAUUUUAUAUAUAGAUUCCGGCAACAAUGUUGUCUACAAACAGUACGAGGACAUGGUGGUUGAAAGCUGCGGCUGUAGGUAGCAGUUGCUCUUGUGCUGCUUAAUGGUUGCUAUAUUCUUUAAUCAUAACUACAGGUAAGGGUUGGUGGGAAAUAUUACAGGGGGAGGCCCCUGGCAGUCCGAAAACCAAGAAGGUUCUUAAUUUAAAGUGUCCCUUUCCACCGCAAACACAAAGUCUGAUAUGUAAUAAUAUCCUGUAAAUAGUAAGUAUUACAAUAAUAUAAAGAAUCAGAAAGGGGCCCCAUCUGAGUGGCACCCUACAAGGCCACCCAGGUUGGUCUUUCUAAAGGCCCGUGUUGAGUGUUGGUCCUUAGACAAGAGUAGGGGUUCAGCUUGUUAUACUGUUUUAUUCUCUCCAGACCAGUGUAUAUUGACCCACAAAUUCUUCACUUGGUCGUGAUUUAGUCCUACUCUACCUUCCAGUGCCUUCCCCUGUGUAUAAUAAAUGCCUCCAUGUUUCCCACGCUUGAAGUUUAAUAUUUUUGCACUGGGAGGAAGAGUGGGACUAAAUUAUUUCCAUCUCUUUCACAGAUACCCCCCACUGGUUAUGGGCUAUGUUGCCUGGAACAGCAAACAAGAAACGGAU